AUGAGUUACUAUACACCACCUCAGUCUGCCCAGUUAAACUAUACACCACCUCAGUCUGCCCAGUUAAACUAUACAUCACCUCAGUCUGCCCAGUUAAACUAUACAUCACCUCAGUCUGCCCAGUUAAACUAUACACCACCUCAGUCUGCCCAGUUAAACUAUACACCACCUCAGUCUGCCCAGUUAAACUAUACAUCACCUCAGUCUGCCCAGUUAAACUAUACAUCACCUCAGUCUGCCCAGUUAAACUAUACACCACCUCAGUCUGCCCAGUUAAACUAUACACCACCUCAGUCUGCCCAGUUAAACUAUACAUCACCUCAGUCUGCCCAGUUAAACUAUACAUCACCUCAGUCUGCCCAGUUAAACUAUACACCACCUCAGUCUGCCCAGUUAAACUAUACAAAACCUCAGUCUGCCCAGUUAAACUAUACACCACCUCAGUCUGCCCAGUUAAACUAUACUAAACCUCAGUCUGCCCAGUUAAACUAUACUAAACCUCAGUCUGCCCAGUUAAACUAUACAAAACCUCAGUCUGCCCAGUUAAACUAUACAUCACCUCAGUCUGCCAAGUUAAACUAUACAUCACCUCAGUCUGCCAAGCUAAUGUUUAGAUCAAGAUCUGGUAACUGA